AUGAUGAUGUUGAGACUGAGACUUCCAAGAGGAAAGGACAGCCGGCCAUGGCUGCCAGAAUGUCCAACAUUUUUGGACGAAAUGAUUCGCCUCGAAGGCCGCGGAGAAUAUAUUGAGGAUUCUCUAUGUGGACACUGCCAAAAAAGUGCUCGGACCAUCCGAUGUACAGACUGCUUCUUACCGGAGCUCUGUUGCCCUCCAUGCGCUGUAGAAAGGCACCGACAUUUGCCAUUGCACCGUCUUCAGCGCUGGAAUGGCCAUUACUUUGAACGAAUAUCCUUAAAGACGUUAGGGCUAUGCAUCCAGUUGGGCCAUCGUAUGGACGACACUUGCUGCAAUCCUCAACGAGCAUUCAAUGAUGAUUUCGUAAUCAUCGAUACGAACGGGAUACACGAAGUAGGAUUAGAUUUUUGUGCUUGCGGGGCCAUGCAGACCCAUGUCAAACAGCUCCUACAAGCACGACUUUUUCCGGCAACCAUAACCGAUCUGAAAACUGCGGCUACAUUCAACGUCCUCGAGCAAUACCACAAGCUGUUGUUUGAAUCAAAAGCAUCAGCGUUUGAAUUCUAUCUUAGCCUUGCGUUGGCGGAUCAUCAAUUACUCAAACAUUUUGCCCGUGGUCACUGCCCAGAUGGCGUGGGGACAACUGAGCCAGGACAGUGCGCAGUGCUCUGUCCUGCAUGUCCCCAACCCGGAAAAAAUAUUCCUGAGGAUUGGAAAGAUGCCCCGCCUGAUAAGCGAUGGCUUUAUGCCUUGUUUGUCGGUAUUGACGCAAACUUCCGUCUGAAGCGGAAGUUCGUAUCGAGUGACAGCAUCGAUCCUGGAAUCAGUAAGGGAUGGUCAUAUUUCGUAGAUGAGCGGGCAUACAAGGGGUAUCUAGAUGAUCACAAAGACCGAAACCAGGAGCGCAGUACAUGUGCUAGUCACAAUGCCAUCAACAUGGCUGAUACGAAGAAUGCCAGAGGCCUUGCCGCAACAGGCGUUGGGACAGUAGAUUGUGCUCGACAUAAUAUGAAGCUUCGUAACGCAGUUGGUGACUUACAAAAAGGCGAGAAAUAUAUAAAUAUGGACUAUCUCUUUUUCUCUGCAAUGAGCCACAACGAAGUCACUGUCCUCAACGUUUCGUACGACAUUGCAUGCCAAUGGUCCAAGCACUUGCGGUCGCGGAUGAUGACACUUCCUUCCAGAUUUCAUUUGGAUUUUAGCAGCAAGGCAAUCACCUUUCUCGUCCCAAAGUUCCAUUUACCUGCCCAUAUCGAGCAAUGUCAAAUCGACUUUUCAUUUAAUCUCUCACGGUAUGUUGGCCGUACUGAUGGCGAAGCUCCAGAACGUGGGUGGGCCAACAUUAACCCGAUCGCAUCAAGUACGAAGGAAAUGGGCCCAGGCUCUCGGCGGGACACACUCGAUGAUCACUUCGGUGACUGGAAUUGGAAGUGUUGUAUACGGCUUGGACGACUGCUUGCUCGCAAGCUAGUGGACGCGAUCGAGCAAAAGGCCGAGCAUCAACGGGAGCUCAUCGAACUUGAGAGCUGCCUGAAAGCACAGGAUAUUUCACAAUGGAGAAUCGAGGUCGAGGCUUGGGAGCAGGAUCACUCACAGACUAAUCCAUUCCAAGUCCGUGUAGCACCCGAGACACAGUCUGCUGUGCGGUUGGAGCUCGCACGUAUUGAAGCUGCAGAACUUGAAUCCGGCACAAACAUCUCUCUUCACGCAGAUGUCUCUCCCUCCAUCCUAAUCAGCUCUGGUAUUGAUUUGGAAGAUCAACAGCGAUGUUUGUCUCUUGAGAUUGCGGCACUCGGUGUGCAUGCGACUGAUCACCAACUUGCAAAGGCCCAGCAGCAUACCAACUCGUUACGAAGGAAAAUCGAAAGUUGGCAAGAUAUUCAGCUACUUUACAUGCCGUUUGUAUCACUCCUGCGCGCCAGUGAAGAACCAUGUUCCCCCGCCAGUUCUACACCCGUCGAAGCUUUCCAGCUGUGGUUACCAUCUGCGGUCGGCCCUGACACACAGUGUGCGAUACAACUUCAUACUUUAGAAUGGAAACUACGCUACGCUCAAGCAAACGACACCCUAAAGGACAUCCGGAAUCUGCUAUGUCUCCGUUCUCACCUAUAUAAAUUCAUGGAUAGCCAUAUUGUUGGCCAGGCGGCAAAUACACGCGCAAGAAGUACAAUCAGCAAGGCUGAUGCCAAAGUCAACAUGGCCGCUGAGCGUUAUGAAGUCGCGAGGGCAGCGCUUGCAAAUUUAGCACGAAUUCUCAAUGAGGAUCGGACAUGGAUGGAGGUUUUCAAGCCUCUCAAUCGGAGCAAGGACCUGAAAGCACUGAAGGAUAUGUGGGGGAAGGAGACAGAGGGGACAUGGCACCUUUCUUGGAUUUGGAAAACACCAGAAGUAUCAGAGAACGCCACUCUUCAUAUAGAAUGGUGUAAGGCUCGCGUGCGUGCGAUGCGAUGGGAAGAGGAGGUUGACUUACUGAAGGAGGAACAAUGGUGGGUCAUAGCAUUCUUGGACUGGCAGGGAGGUUGGUGGCAGAGUCAGCGAGAGCGCCGUGACUCGGAGUCCCUGGAUGAUACAUUGAGGGAAGGUUUGGUGGCUUAUGCUGAACGCCAGGCAUCACUGCGUCGGCAGCUGUCGACUCAUUUUCAGAUCUUGUGGUCUCCUCCUACCCUCCCGACCCCACCUGCGGGCACGACAACGUAG